AUGGAAAUGGAAAUGGAAAAUCAUAAUGGAAUGCAUAUGAAAAAUAAAAUGUGGAUGUGGUUUCAUACAACUCUUGAUGAUACAAUCCUUUUUUCAAAUAUUAUUAUUAAAGAUAUUAAAGGAAUGAUAUUAUGUUGUGUAAUAUUUUUUAUUUUAUCAAUUGCACAAGAAUUUUUAAAAUAUUAUAGAUGGCGUUAUGAAAUAAAUAGAAAAUCAUUUUCAAAUUUAAGCUAUUUUAAAAGAUUAUUUUCAAUUGAUAGUGGUAUAAGAACAAUAUUAUUUACUAUUCAAGUUACUCUUUCAUAUAUUAUUAUGCUUGUUGUUAUGACAUUUUCUAUAUGGUUAGGUUUAGCAAUAAUUAUAGGAACAGGUAUUGGAUAUUUUAUUUUUGGUAGUAGAAUUCAUGACUAA